ACUCCGGGGUGGCCAGUAUUGACAUCGCUCGUGGUUCUCGGGUCUGGAGAGGGAGAUCAAGGUUGACAGUCUGCUCGUGAACCCCAUCAUAGAUAUCUCCGUUCACUAUGCACAAUUCUCGCAUACUACAUUCAGUGGUAUCCAUACUGACCCUACUGGCGCAAGCCCAGCACUCUUCUGCUUCCCCGUUGGAACUUGAUGAAGCCAACCUCGAAAAGCGCUGCGAAAAUCCCUGUGGGUAUUAUGGCCAACUCUGCUGCACGUCUGGCCAGACGUGCAGCACCAGUAGUAAUGGUCAGGCAGUCUGUGCAGAUGCCUCUUCCGGCGGCAGCUGGCAGUACUUUACAACAACCUUCGUCACCACGGAAACAGACGUGUCGACAGUUACUUCUACAUGGAGCAGCUAUGUAGGACAGACGACGGCCGUUGGAGGCGGCUCAGGGAGUUGCAAGGCCGAACUUGGCGAAACUAUUUGCGGAAAGACCUGCUGUGGUGCAGCCUAUGUCUGUACCAACAACCAAUGUGUGCUCGGGAGCUCUUCAAUCUGGGCCACCGCUACCGCUACACCUCCCGUACGAGGCACAAGUGCAUCUACUAUCACGGCGACUGCUUCCGCGACAACUACACAGGGCUUUGUCGCUCCUGUUGGCACCGAUGGUGCCACACUGAUUGGAGAAAAGGCGCCAGACAAUGGAGGGCUAAGUGGUGGCGCAAUCGCAGGUAUCGUCAUCGGAACCAUCGCUGGUGUCUUUCUUCUCCUGCUUCUUUGUGCUUGCCUGUGUUGCCGCGGUGCCCUAGAAGCCUUGUUUGCCUGCCUGGGUCUCGGUGGGAGAAGGCGAAGAAAGGAAACGACAUAUGUGGAAGACCGGUAUUCCCAUCAUGCGCACGGUGCACCGCCGCCCGAGCGGCGUACUUGGUUUGGCUCCCGUCCGUCGGGGCCAGCGCCUGCCCCUAGAGAAAAGAAGAAAUGGGGCGGUUUGGCGACACUUGGGAUUAUGUUGGGCGCGCUUGCUCUGUGUCUGGGACUGAAGAGGCGCAGAGACCGCGAUGACGAGAAGAGCGACUACACUUACCCGAGCUCAUACUACUACUCCGAUUAUUACACGAGCGCAAGUAUGUGUCUCCUUCUUUUUGCACGGACUCUUACACCGUCCUUACUGACUGCUUUAUAGGUAGUGCAAGUUCGGAUAGACGGACAAGAGAUACUCGGCGGACGAGGGACACGAGGCAAUCCAGGAGAUCUCGCGCACGCUCAGGACGAUCAUGAUUGAUGAAAUGACACAAUGAAUCAACGAGAUUUUCAAGACCACAACUUCGUUAAUGAUCCCAAAUUUUUUUUUUUUUUUUUUUUUUUUUUCGCCACGGUUGAUUUUUAGUCGAGCAUAUAUGGCGCUGGUUGGCAUUUUGUAUGUUGU